CGGAACCUGGGGCCGGGAAGGGUGGACGGGAGGGAAGGAGUGGAGCGUUGUACCCUUUUCCGGUGUCGCACGUGGAAAGCGCUCGGGUGCAGUGACUGGUUGGAAUUGGACUGAUAACGAGGUGCUUCGUUUAUAGCUGAAUUGCUUUGUGUUGUGUGAGAAGAUAGCUGGAAUAAAAUAAGAUGGUCUUCUUUACCUGUAAUGGAUGUGGAGAGUCUGUUAAGAAAACUCAAGUGGAAAAACAUUUCAACAUCUGUCGGAACUGCUCGUGUCUGUCAUGUAUUGACUGUGGCAAGGACUUCCGGGGAAAUGAUUAUAAAUCCCAUACAAAAUGCAUUACAGAAGAUCAGAAGUAUGGUGGGAAAGGUUUUGAAGCUAAGGCCAAAAAAGGAGAUGUGAAGCAGCAGCAGUGGAUACAGAAAAUCCAUGAAGCAAUGAACAACUCAAAAGUUAGUCCAAGGGUGCGUGAAAUUUUAGAACUAAUGAAUUCUUAUGAGAACAUACCACAAAAAAAAGCCAAGUUUCAGAACUGGAUGAAAAAUAGUUUGAGGGUCAAAAAUGAGACUCUGCAGGAACAAGUGUGGGAGAUUUUUGCUGCUGCUGUUAGUAAAGAUAAAAACAGCCAGCAACAAAAUCAGAAACACGUUCAGAAUGGUAAAGGUCCUUCGGAAUCAGUAGAAGCAAACUCAGAUCAGGUCUCUGCAGCAGAAAAUAAUGAGAAGAAAAAAAACAAACGGGAAAGAAAAGAAGAAAGGAAAAAGAAAUCCAAAAAACAAACGAAACAGCUGAAGGAUGGAAAUUGUUUGGAUCAUAACAAAACAAAUCAAUUGGAAGAGAAAGUGAAGAAAAAAUCUAAAAUAAGGCAUGAUGGGUGUGAUGCAAGUGGAAUAGAAGAAAAUGGCACAGAUGUACAAGAGAUGUGGCAGCAGGAUGGUGAAAACGUACAGGGCAACGUGAAGUGCAGGAAACGAAAGCAUGCAAAAUCAUCCAGUGAAGGUGAACCCAAAUCUAAAGAGAAGAAAGUUGAAAUUACAGAAACUGAAGAAGUGGAAGAAAAUGAUGAGAUAAAGCCAGGAAAAUUCAACUGGAAGAAAACAAUCAAGAUGCUUCUACGACAAUCUCCAGAGCAAGAAAUUUCAAUUAAAAAGUUAAGGAAAAAGGUUCUGUCUCAGUACUAUGCUGAAAUCGGUGAAAGUAACUACAAAUCUGAAGCAGAACUCCAAGCAACUUUUAUUAAGAAGAUAAACUGUAACCCCAAGUUUAAAGUACUGAAGGAUAAAGUGAAACUUUUAAAUUAAUGUCUGGAAUGGACUGUUUUAUAUUAUUUAAUCAAUGACUUAAUAUGCAAACAAAACAAUGCUAUUAUGCCUCUGUAAUUGUAGUUAGCAAUAUUUGCUCUUUCAUUGGAUUAAUAAUUUUGAAAUCAAGAGACCACUGGAUAUUCAUUGUGACAUGGAGAUGCUCUACUGUUUAAUAAAAUUAGCUAUUUUUACAUUUGACAACUGACCAUAGCUUUCUCCCAAUCUUGAAUUUAAUGGCCUGAUUUUGGAAAUGUUAGCAUUUUCCACUUAAUACUGAAGAAAUUCAAAAUUUCUGCACUGAAGUUGACACCAGCAUAUGCUUCUCUAAUUGCAGGUUGAUGUUGGACUCCUUUGAAAUCCGAAUUGGUAACAGUUUUGGAGCAAUUCCCUAUUAUUGGAUAAAUCCUAAUAGAUCCUAAGAUGGUGCCAAUAAGUGGUGACUCUCUGCAUGCAGCCCUGAUGGGAAUCAUCAAAUGUUAUUGUUUAGGUCUACUACAGGUGAAAUUCACAAUCACAGCUGUAAGCAACACAAUUUUAAGAAGUUUAAAAAGUCUCUCAAUCCUCAAUUGGCAAACCUCAGAUGGCAGACACUCUGGUGUCAAGUGCAGAUACGCAUUAAGAAAACAUAAAAACAUAAAACAUAAGGUUUGCUGGCUACAGCUAAGCAGAGGCCUUAGAUUCCCCGCCCCCACUCCCAACUAUCAUGCUGGCGAACAUAGAGUCUCUGGAAAAUAAAAUUGAAGACCACAGAGUAAGAUUUUAGUACCAGAGGGACAUGAGGGACUGCUGUGUACUUUACAGAAAUGUGCUCACUCCUUCCAUUUCAGAUGCAGUGCUGCAAACCGAGAGUUUCACUAUUCUCCGCAAAGACAGGACAGGACAGCUCUAUCUUUUGAAAAUAGAGGAGGUAGAGUAUGCUUUAUGAUUAACUCAUUGUGGUGCACAGACAUGGUGGUUCUAUCUCAAUCCCUACCCGGCCUGGGACUUCUAGGCUUCAAUUUUAUCUGCUGAAGAAGUCAUCUUGGGAGUGGUGUACAUUCCAUCCCUGGGCAAAGUCAUGCAGGCUUUGGAGGAACUGAGCACUGUAAUCAGCAGUUACAAAACAGCACACCUGAUGCUUUCUCUAUCAUUGUGGGGCAUUUCAACCAAGCCAGCUUGAAGAAGUCUCUGAACAACUAUCACCUAUAUCACCUGUGGAACCAGAGGAGCCAACACACUUGACCAUUGUUAAACCGCCAUCAAGAACACUUACGGUGUCAUCCCAUGCUCACAGUUUGGGAAGUCCGGUCACUUGGCUGUACUUCUUGUCCCAGCACACAGGCAGAGACUAAAGACUGCAGCACCAGUGGUGAGGACCGUGAAGGGAGGUGGAGGAGCACUUACAGGACUGCUUUGAGUCAGUGGACAGGACAAUAUUCAGGGUUUAUCUUUGAAUCAGAGUGAAUAUGCCAGAUGGUCACUGACUUCAUCAAGACCUGUCUGGAUGAGUGUGUACCUUCGAAAACAUACCAGACACACCAAGGCCAAAACCUGUGAGUGAACCGGGAGAUUUGUAGUCUGUUUUAGAGCUAGAUCUGUGACAUUGAAGACUGGUGACCCAGAACUGUACAGGAAGUCCAGGAAUGACCUACAAAAGGCAAUGUUAAGAGUAUAAAAACCUAAUAUGAAUGGCUGUGAUGCUUCAGUCCCGGAUGAGCCUAAUGCCUUUUAUGCACACUUUGAAAGGGAGAAUAAAACUACACCUGUGCGAAUCCCAGUAGCACCUGGUGACCCUGUGACUUCUGUCUUGGAUGCUGAUGUCAGAACAUCUUUCGAGGGAGAGUCCUUGCAAGGCUUCAGGCCCUGAUGGUGUAGCUGACAGGUCACUGAAAAUCUGUGCCACCCAACUAGUGGGAGUGUUCAAAGAAAUCUUCAAUCUGUCAGUGCUGCAGUUGGAGGUUUCCACAUGCUACAAGAGGGUGAAAUUCAUACCAGUGUUUUGGGAAGAGCAGGGUGAGCUGCCUCAACAACUAUCACCCAGUUUCACUCACAUCAGCUGUGAUGAGGGGUCAGUCAUGGCCAGAACUAACUUCUGCCUAAGCAAGGACCUAGACCCGCUGCAAUCAGUUUACAGUGGAUGCAAUCUCACUGGCUCUCCACUCAGGAUAGGAUCACCUGGACAAUAGUAAAACUAUUGGCUUCUGUUCAUUGAUUACAGCUCAACAUUCAACACCAUCAUACCCUCUACUAAUCAACGAGCUCCAAAACCAUCAGAAUUUCAAGUGGUGACAAGGAGGCACACAGGAAUGAGACAGUACUGUGCAGGUCUUGGGCACAAUUAGAGCAAUUCUGUAUAGCAAAGAUACUUUUAUAUAAAAAAAAGAAAAAUACUGAAAUAUCAAAAAAAUUACUAAAAGUAGCAGUAAACUGCAAUGGUAAAAAAAGAUCAUGGGAAUCAUAUAUAGGCCUCUAAAUAGUAACCAAGAUGUGGGGUUAAGAUUGCUAAGGGAGCUGGAAAAGGCACAUAAUGAGGGUAUUGACACAAGGAGGGUGGAGAAGAUGGUGGCGUGCGCGGCCAUUGCGAAUGAUAUCGAUAUGUGUUAACUAGGGUGCCGUGCACAAUCCUGAUUUGAUGGAGACAGCCGUGAGAAGUACGGAGAAACACCUGGAGAAACUUAUGAAAUGCCCGCUUCGCUGCCACUGCUACUGUGCGAUCGAGAAUCUGCAGAGGGGAAGGCCCCAAGUCCUUGGCUUUGCCUAUGGCCUGCCGCUGGGGCUGGGGUCGAAGCGCUCGGUAGAGAUUCUGCUCGGUGCUCGGUGUCGGAGAGACUUGGAGUCGGACUGUGGACGGAUGCUUCCAGGAUGCUGCAUCAGCAAGUUUGCGGUGCUGGAGGUUCACCGUCUGUGUGAGAUGAUGGGACUUUUAAGAGACUUUGAGAUUUUUACCGUGCCCAUGGUCUGUUCUUAUCAAAUUACGGUAUUGCUUUUCACUGUUGUAACUAUAUGUUAUAAUUAUGUGGUUUUUGUCAGUUUUUAAGUCAGUUUGUCAUGUUUCUGUGAUAUCAU